AUGACUGAGAAAUUAACCAACAUUACCACUAUAACAGAAUUUUUGCUCAUGGGAUUCACUGAUGAUCAGGUACUACAAGGACUCUAUGUUCCAUUCUUCUUCCUGAGUUACCUGACAGCACUGAUGGGGAACCUCCUCAUUAUUAUCCUCGCCACCACUGACCGGCGUCUCCAGUUGCCCAUGUAUUUCUUCCUAAAGAAUUUGUCCUUGAUUGAUAUCUGCUACAUCUCUGUCACUGUGCCCAAAUCCAUCAUAAACUCUCUGACCAAAAACCAUUCCAUAUCUUUCCUGGGAUGUGCCUCACAAAUUUUUCUUUUCAUUUUUUUGGCUGGCACAGAGUAUGCCCUCCUUAUAGUGAUGUCUUAUGACCGCUAUGUUGCCAUCUGCCAUCCUCUGUACUAUGAGACAAUCAUGAAUAGAGGCACCUGUCUGCAGAUGGUGACAGCAUCGUGGGCUAGUGGGUGUGUCUAUGGAUCCAUUCAUGUUGCAGGUACAUUCUCUGUGCGUUUCUGUGGGCCCUAUAUAGUGCAUCAGUUCUUCUGUGACAUUCCUUCAGUGCUCACACUUGCUUGUUCAGGAGAGCAAAUUCUAGAAUAUGCAUUUAUUGUCACUAGCUGUACUUUUGCUUCUGUAUGCUUUCUUUUCCUGAUUGCCUCUUAUAUUUACAUUUUCUCAGCUGUCCUAAGGAUUCCAUCUGCACAAGGCAGGUUCAAAACUUUCUCUACUUGUGUACCCCAUCUCACUGUAGUGAUAUUGUUUCUCUUUUCUGGUAUCGCCAAUUAUUUAGGGACUAAUUCUAAGUCUGCAUCAUCACUGAAUCUCUUCAUGUCUGCAUUAUACUCUAUAUUACCUCCCAGCCUGAACCCUUUCAUCUAUAGUCUGAGGAACAAGGACAUGAAGGCAGCCCUAGGCAAAAUACUAGGUGGUAAAAUGUUGCCAAAGACAUGA